GCGGCUGAUUUUUACCUACAGAGAGACGCUCAUUCAGAGAAGACACAUUGACAAGUCUGUGGUGGAUUUCAAAGGAAUUAUAAGGGCGGGACGGAUUUUAUUUUACAGCUGAAUCCUUUGUCGGCAUUAGCAGACGGGAAAAUAUGAAGUUUUUAACAGUUUUGCGACUUUUUUCUUAUGCCCUCGCGGCUGUGUCAUUGGUGAAUGGUGCAUCUGUAGUGAGGUUAGAGAGCGAGAGUCCGGCACAGACAGCUGUGAUAGAUCUCCUAGAGGUACUGAACAAACCGAGGUCUUCUGUGGACAACAAGCCAGUGGAAUAUCAGGAGGAAGACGACUAUUACUAUGACGAUGAAGAGGACGACGAGUUUUCUGGGGAUUAUGGUUUGCCUAUAGUUGCGUUUUCAAGCAAACCCAAAGAUCCAAGUGCCGCUUUGAAAGCAGAAAAACUUGAAGGCUCAAAGAGGAAGGGGCAAGGAAGGAAGAGAGGAAAAGGAAAGGGAAAAGGCAAGAAGAGGAAUCCAUGUCUGAAAAAAUACAAGGACUUUUGUAUCCAUGGAAUCUGCCAGUAUCUGAAGGACCUAAAGGAGCCUUCAUGCAUAUGUGAUUCAGGCUACUCAGGAGAGCGAUGUCACAUCUUCUCCUUGGAAGUAAAGACGAACGAGGGAGCAUACAACCGCACAACGGCACUAGCUGUGGUGGCCGUGGUUCUCUCUUCACUAUGUCUCACCAUCAUUGGACUUCUACUGGCUCACAGGUUUCACAAGCGAGGCGCAUACAAUGUGGAAAAUGAGGAGAAGAUCAAACUGGGAGCUGCCCCACACCACUAAGAGACAGGACAGAACGGCAACUGUGGAAAGUCUACCUCAAAAUAAAGUGCCGAAGUUUAGUGUUGUGUGGAACAGCGAGCACAGCGUGCUGGACAAUAGUAUAGCGUGACAGUGCUUGCUUGUCAGGAAGCAUGGCACCUAUGUGAAAAGCCUGACUCGCCAAUGACUCGCUAAAAAGUUCACGAGAGAGUCCAGUCAGUUCGAAACCAGCCACGAACUGGAACUCUGACGGAUGCGCUUGGUCUGGAACAGACUCAAACUGUUUGGACAUUUCAGUUCAAUAUGGAACGAGAAGGAACUCCUUGGGGUUGGAAAUGUAGUUUGGGUUUUGGAAGCGAGGCAUUUUCUUGUAUAGAAGAAAUCUUGCCCGAAAUAAGUAUUCUUAUAAGCAUUUUUGUUAAAGGAAUACUCCGGGUUCAAUACAAGUUAAGCUCAAUCGACAGCAUUUGUGGCAUAAUACUGAAUGCCACAAAAAAUUAUUUUGACUCAUUCUACCUUUUCUUUAAAAAAGCAAAAAUCGAGGUUACAAUGAGACACAUUCAAUGGAAGUGAAUUGGCCAAUUUUUGAAGGCUAUCUUUUUAAAAGCACUCACAUUAUUUAUUCUGUUAUUACUUGUGUAUUAUUUGAGCUGUAACGUUGUUUAUAUAGUCCUUUUUGCGGCGGACUACUAAGUGAGAUUAACAAGGUUUAUGGUGCUAUGCCAUCAGGGCAACAGAGUUGGAAAAUUGGAUAUAACUUUGCAUAGAAAAUCUUAGAAAUGUGAUUUUAUCACACAAAAAUCAAUGUAACACUCAUAUUGUGUACGGCUAUAUUUUUGAAACAGUGAGUAUUUUAAUGUUUACGGAUGGGCCCCAUUCACUUCCAUUGUAAGUGCCUCACUGUAACCCAGAUUUGUGCUUUUUUAAAGAAAAGGAGAAACGAGUUGAAAUAAAUUUGUCAUAUUCUGUUAUAUACUUUCGAUUGAGCUCAACUUGUAUUGAACCUGGAAUAUUCCUUUAAUGUCUGUGUAUUUAAUCAUUGUUAGCUAUGCUUUAAUUUAUUUAUUUAUGUGUAUAUAUAUAUAUAUAUAUAUAUAUAUAUAUAUAUAUAUAUAUAUAUAUAUAUAUAUACAGUGUAUGUGUGUAUAUAUAUAUGUGUGUGUGUUUGUGUAUGUGUGUGUGUGUGUAUGUAUAUAUAUAUAUAUAUAUAUAUAUAUAUAUAUAUAUAUAUAUAUAUAUAUAUAUAUAUAUAUACCGUACUGUGCAAAAGUCUUAGGCACAUAAGAUGUUUCACAAAAGCAUUUGUGUUAAGAUGGUUAUUUAUAUCUUCAGCUUUAGUGUGUCAAUAGGAAAUAUAAAUGUUAGACUCCCAAACAUUACUUUUUGCAAAUAGAAAAGAUUAGAAUAGAAGAACAGGGAGCCCUGCAACAGAUGUCAUGGCCCCCACAGAGCCCCCCACUGAACAUCGAGUCAGUCUGAGAUUACAUAAAGAGACAGAAGCAAUUGAGACAGCCUAAACAGAUAGAAGAACUGUGGUGAAUUCUCCUUGAAGCUUGAAACAUCCUAUCUACCAACAACCAAGAAAAACUGUGUCCAGGUGUACCUAGGAGAAUUGGGGCUGUUUUUAAGGCAAAGGUGAUCACACCGAAUAUUGAUUUAACAUUUUUAUGUUUACUGGACUUUGUAUAACAUUAAGUGAUAAAUGAAAACUAUUUAUGUCAUUAUUUUUGAAGGCAUCCUCACUAUGCAACAUUUUUCACAAGUGCCUAAAACUUUUGCACAGUACUGUGUAUAUAUAUAUAUAUAUAUAUAUAUAUAUAUAUAUAUAUAUAUAUAUAUAUAUAUAUAUAUAUGUGUGUGUGUGUGUGUGUGUACUGUAUAUAUGUGUGUAUGUGUGUGUAUGUGUGUGUAUGUAUAUAUAUAUAUAUAUAUAUAUAUAUAUAUAUAUAUUUAUAUAUAUGUAUAUAUUAAUAUUUAUUUGGAUUUAGACCAACCUUGUCCAGCCCUAAUGCACUGGCAAUCUAUUUGACAGUCUCCUUUGUGUUUUAUGUCAAUGUAAAAUUGUAUUUAUUAAAAAGCAGUUGUGAUAGGGAAAUGUCUAUUCAUGUGAGUAUGGAAAAUGGUAGACUGAAAAUCAAAAUAAUAAUUUAAUAAUUUGCAAUUUUUAUAUUUUUAGUGCAUUUAAUAAUGAGAAUAUUUUAGAAUAUUUUUAUUAUUUUAAUCUCCAGGACAGUUAGAAUGUAUUUCAGUGAACCUCUUAAAAAGUAAUAUUUCAAACUCUCUCUCUCUCUCUCUCUCUCUCUCUCUCAGUUUUUUUUUUUUUUUUUAAGAGAGAAAGAAAAGAUAUUCACUGUUUGGCCAGUAAAAUGCUAGCUCUGUUUUACAACAGUGUGCAAAUUAUGAAAUGUGAAUUAAAUGUCCUAAUCACAAAGCUGUCUUUUUGUUUGAGCAAUUCAUUUUUUCUGUGUGUUUGUGUUGUAAAUUCAGCAUCCCAAAGAUAAAGACAUUGUUUCCUCAUUGUCUCAAUAUACAGUAUGUGUGCAGUAUUUUUGACAUGCUCAAACAUGAAAAUCAAGGCAAAUAAAUAAAACUUAUUUUGA